UAGUUGCAUAAAAAAGGCAAAAAUCAAGCCAAACGCACAAUGAAGGUCUUGACUUCAACAAUAUUUAUCGCUUUCCUCUGCUUCCUGCUCGAAAAGGGCCAGGCAGCAGAAAUAUGCUACGGUGACCUCGGCUGCUUUGAAGAUGCGGGUUGCCAUGGUAACGUCUUCCCGCCGGAAUCCCCCGAGUUCAUCAACACCCGUUUCUAUCUCUUCACACGUCGAACCUGGAACUUUUCUCAGGAGCUAAUCCGAGAUGACGUCGACCGACUCCGAGCGUCGAACUUUGACCCGAAGGUGCCGACGAUGUUCUCGAUCCACGGAUGGAACUCGAAUGGGUUCGGGAGCGGAGAGAGGGAUAGGAAGAACGCGUUCCUUGAAGAUGCGAACGUCAAUGUCAUCACCGUGGACUGGCGGAGGGGGGCAAGUGGGAUCGUUUACCCCAAACAGCACCAGAACACUCGGGUGGUGGGGCGCGAGAUUGCCCUCUUCGCUCGCUUCCUGAACCUGGAGACUGGCAUGUACUUCAAGGAUGUUCAUCUGGUGGGCCACAGUCUCGGGGCACACACGGCUGGCUAUGCUGGCGCCUAUCAAAAAGGCUUUGGCAGAAUAACAGGUUCCGAUCCUGCGGGCCCGUUUUUCCGUGAUGACGAACCGGAAUGUCGUCUAGAUCCCACUGACGCCCUCUUUGUUGACGUCAUUCAUGGCGAUGGUAACGACAACAUCGGUCUGGGAACAUCACUUCCGAUGGGACAUCAAGAUUUCUACCCGAACGGCGGGCGUCACCAACCUGCUUGUCAAUACGGCAGCGACCUGGGCGGAUGUAGCCACGCCUACUCCUCCCGCUACUUCGCCGAGAGCCUCCGAUCCACCACCUGCAAAUUCAAGGCUUACCCGUGCCCGAGCUGGGCGGCGUACAUGAGUGGGUUAUGCCGGAGUUGCGGGGUCGGGGGCUGCUCCGAGAUGGGGUAUCAUGCGAUAGACCACAAGGACCUGCGGGGACUCUUUUUCCUGGAUACAAACCCUGAAUCUCCAUACUGCAUCCCAGAGCCCUGGGACUAAGGUUUCAGGCUGGCUUGUCUCGAUUGAAAGACAUCGUACCUCCGUCACACAGACUCCAAUCGGACCGACAUUAUGAAAUGUUUCAUUUUCCCAAACAGAAGUAGUACAAAUCAAAACAAAGUUAACACAAAUUACAUCAUUCAGAAGUUAAAUCAGUUACAAGUCAAAACUUCAUUAGUACAUUUUCUAAUUUAUCAAAAACAGUACACAGAAAAACAAUUUUAAAGUUAUAUAGAUGAUUUUGUAUAUUUCAAAACAAUCUAACAAUCCUUUGUAUAUAUUAUGAUUAUAAUUUUUAAAUAAAGCAUAGUACUACCCCUGAAGAUGGAGAAUUAUCAUUAAAACAAAAAGAAAAGGAAA